CAACGAACAGCCAUAAAACUACUGGCUAUGAUCUCAAAAUCUCAUACAACCUCUGGGGGUACCGAUGAAUAGUUGGAUGGGAAGUAGUUGCCACUGAACGCUCAGAGAGCCCAACAGACAACGUGAAACUAACGAAAAAAAAAUCAGUUUCAACAGAGAAAUCAAACAGCGUAGAAGUUAUGGCCUAAAGACGGCAAGACGUGCGUGUGUGCCAAAGUGAAUCCCCCCUCAGAAAAAAAAACAUAAGUUUUUUGAAAAAAUUCCAAAGAAGUUCCACAACAAAAAAUAGGCAACAAAAAUAGAAUUGGGUAGAAUACCAUCAACAAUAUCAUCGAACGCAAACAUGUCCCAAACGCCAGCAUCCAUCUAUCCCAACAUUGGACCACCGCCACCACCACAAAACACUGUCACCCCCACAGCCACACCACCCUCAGAAGAAGAUGAAAAAUGUGCUAAAAUUAAACGUUUCCUAGGCGGAGCGAUUCUCAUAGCUUUGGUUGUCAUAGCCUGGCAUUUGUAUGAACACUUCACCUAUGAUCCUCUACACAAUGUAACCGAAUCUCCCACUGAGCAUGAAAUCCAUGAAUUCACCCGCAGUCUCUACGAACUGGAACAGCAACACAAUCCGUAUUUGGCGAAAGUGAAUUUUCAGGGAAAAACCAAGGCAUCCUAUCGCGACGAUAGGGCACCACAUCCCCUCUUACAGGUCAAUGAAGAUCUGCUGACCUCCGAAGGUGCUGAAUCUCGCACCAUUGUCUUAAUGCGUCGCUUGUUCGACAACUAUGAACUUGAUACCCAUGCCACGGAACAUGUAACCGAGGAGGAGCAGCAGGAGGAAGAUGAGUUUCUAAGAGCUGUUCUGGAUACGCCGGUCAUGCAGAAAACUAUGAAAUUUUUGGAAUUUAAAGGUGUUGCCACCAACAACAGAGACUCCCAGUUGCGACUCCUCAAGGAUAUGUGGUUUACACAGUAUUCCCGUGGCCAGGGUCGUGUUGGCAGCUCUGGAUUUGAACAUGUCUUCUUGGCCGAGAUCCGUGAUGGCACCAUAUUGGGUUUGCAUAAUUGGGUCUACUUUCAUGAGCAGGAAAAGCUGGGGCAUUUGAACUACAAGGGCCAUAUUGAGAAGCUAAAUCUGGAGAAGGACGGCCACUACCUAAUGGCCCUGCGUUUCAGCUUCCACAACAUCAACAAGUCCUAUAACACCCUGUUUGUGGGCACCUCCCCCGAGCUGGAGCUGAGCCUCUACACCAUGUGUUUCCUGCUGAGUGUGGGCCAACCCUGUGCCGUCCAGUUGGGGCAUGCCAAGUUUAGUAUUAUUACCCAUGCCUGGGAUUGGCAUGGCAAGAAAAUGGUGGCCACCGCCUAUCCAUCGCUGGAAAAAUAAAUGAAUCUCAACUCAGGACCUCACACCCCCCCC